UUCUGCCCAUAUAACUGCUAAACAUUUAAUAUAUGUAGACUGCAUUCAGAUGAAAAUCUGUUACAUUUUAAGUGCCAUACAAAUUAUACGGUUAAUUCUUUUUAAUUCGAUUUACUGUGGAGCGGAACGUACUGUCAGAAGUGCUUGCUUUCAGGGGAGUUGUAAUAUGGCGCACGCGCUGGAGGAGGAGGUACAGUUCAAGGAUACCUAGAUGCAUGAUGUUUGCAAUGGCAUCCAGUCUAAACAUAAAAAAUGGACUUUUAACCACCAAAAAUUCUCUCCACAUAAAGAUUCCCUAUCCCACAUUUAUACAGAGGCCAACAGAGAUCAAAUGCUCGAGAACAUUAACAACAGGACAGCACAAUGAACAGUACUGUAUUGAUAUUGUAAGGAAAAGGGACUAUGAGGGAUUUUUGUGUUCAUUGCUUUUUCCUGAGGCUGUUCGUCGGUCUGCACUGGCACUGAGGGCGUUCAAUGUAGAACUGGCACAGAUUAAGGACACUGUUUCUCAGAAAACCAUUGGUUUAAUGCGAUUGCAGUUCUGGAAGAGCGCUGUGGAGGAUAUUUACAGAGAUGACCCUCCAGCCCAGCCCGUCAGUGCAGAACUGUGGAGGGCAUUGAGGAAGCACACGUUAACAAGGAGGUGGAUGUUAAGAAUCAUAUCUGAAAGAGAGAAAGAUAUGGAGGACAAAGCAUACAGGAAUCUUCAAGAGCUGGAGGCCUAUGGCGAAAACACACAAUCCUCUCUUCUUUUCCUGCUGCUGGAGACACUCGGUGUGAAAAACGUCCAUUCAGACCAUGCUGCAAGCCACAUUGGCAAAGCCCAGGGCAUCCUGACCUGCCUGCGGGCGACCCCAUACAACAGCAGCAGACGCAAGGUCUACCUGCCCAUGGACAUCUGCAUGCUGCAUGGCGCAUCUCAAGAGGACUUCAUCCGUGGCAGCAGGGACCAGAACAUCAGGGACGUCGUUUAUGACAUUGCCAGCCAAGCCCAUGUCCAUCUCCAGCACGCUAGAUCAUUCAGCGAGAACAUUCCACAUGCGGCCAUGCCUGCCUUUCUGCAAACGGUUGUUUUAGAGGACUACCUGCAGAGAGUGAGGAAAGUAGACUUUGAUGUGUUCCACCCCAGCCUACAAAAGAGGAAUCCUAUGCUGCCCCUUCAGCUGUAUUUACGGUCAUGGAAGAAGAUCUAUUGAUCUGUUUGAUUAAAACAUCAUCUGAUUGCUUCAGAUGUGCUCCUUGUUAAACAAACCAAACACUUGUAAUAAAUCAUCUAGCUUCUAUAUGUUUACAAUU